GCCCGCGGCGCUCAGCUACGUCCGGCUGCGGUUUCACUUCUGGGUCCGGACAUCUGCUGUCGGCGUGUGAUCUCGGGUGGGGUCCUGAGCUGAGUAGGCGUCGAGACCCUUUUCGCUGCCUGGCUUCCUUCGCUUCCAGGACGUACCGUACCGGCCGAGCUCCCCCCAAUACCACAGGCCACUUUGGAAGGACCGAAGUUCCCUGUGUUGGAGGCAUCCAAGCACUGACCGACCCAUCUGUCCUCCUCAAGAGAAUGCCUUCAGCCUUCGAGGACGUGGUCCGGCGUGUGAUCUGGGAGCUAGACCGCAGCGGAAAGCUCAUCCCCGUAGACAGCCUUCAGAACUCUUCCAGCUUCCGGCCCUAUUCGCUGCUGAGAAGGAAGCCCCCAAGCUCGUGGUUCUGGAAACCCCGUUACUCUUCUGUCAAUCUAUCAAUCAAAGACAUCCUGGAGCCUGAUGUCCCCGUGCCAGAUUUGGAGCGUGGUAGUACCAUCCACAUCUGUGAUAACACGGACGGGAAGGUGCAGGGCAAAGUGGAGGUGGCAGUCCCAGGACAAGGGAAGAUCGCAGGUGGGGCUGCAGUGUCUGGCAGCUCCAGCACCUCAAUGAACUUGUGCACCCUGAGUGUGAACCCAAACACCUGGGAUCACAUGCAACAAGAGAGGCGACUGCGGCAGCCAGAACACAAGAUUCUACAGGAACUUCGGAGUCGCAGGGACGACGUGUAUGUGGUGAAGGAAGUGGUGCAGAUACAACAGGAGGUGGUGGUCUCUUGUACUCGCAAGCUGGAGGGCUCAGGCCAAUGUGCUCUGCCUGCAGCCAUGUGCUUGAAGGUGUGUGGCCAGCCCUGGGCCCUGCCUGACCCCAUGACAGCAGCAGGAGUAGGAGAGGCUAGACCAACAUCCCAGGGUGCCGGCAUCAGUAGGGCUGGAUUCUUUCCAGACCCUUCCAGGAGAUCUCACAGCUCCAUACUUGACCAGAACCAGAGCUUCCCAAAGGCUGAGUUGGCCACCACCAAUGGCAAGCCUGUCCCCAGUACCCAACCCAAACCCAUGCCUAUAACUCUGAACCCAGAACACAGCCCUGAACCUGUAUCCAUCCCUCAGGGUGAUGGUGAGGGCCACUUCAGCCAGGAGAAUACAGUGACCAUCCCUGCAGGCAGCAUCAUUGCAUUCCGGGUGGCCCAGCUGGUCAUUGACACUGACUGGAGCAUCUUUCACUUCCCAGAUAAGAAGCAGAGGACCUUCCCGCCACCCUCGACAGGAAGCCAGCCACAGCAUACCUUCAGCCUCUCCUCAGUGUUGGGACUCAUCCAUGAGCGUUUCAGGCUCCUGACAGAUAGUGUCUCUGAAAAAUGGGAGAUCACAGAAGACUUCCAGGGCCUGCGCACAGAGGUGGAAGCUGGCUCUGCAGAACUGCAGAAGAUGGAGAGGGACCUGAGGCAGCAGUUGCUGCUGAACCUGGAGAAGAUCCUGUGCGACCCCUCAGCCCUAGAGGACUUAGAGGCUUUGCUGGCACAGGGUCUGUGUGGCGCCAGGCAGGUGAAGCCUCUGCAUGGUCCAGCAGAUGACAUCCUUGAAUGCCUGGUGCUCCCCUCCCGGAUGCUGGUGCCUGAACUUGCUGCCCCUGUCUUUUACCUUCUGGGGGCACUGAGUGCACUGAGUGAAACCCAGCAACAGCUGCUGGCUAAGCUGCUGGACAAAGGGGACCUGUCAACACAACUUGAGCUGGUGGACCACCUCUUAGAACAGAGCACCCCAUGGCAAAAGCAGAGUGAUGUGUCCCUGCCCCCCAGGCUCUCUGAGAGUAACUGGGGAGAGGAGGCACCAUCGUGGACCUUGCUGGAGGAAUGUGGUCUGGAGCUGCAGGUGGGCGCCCCCCAGAUACACUGGGAGCCUCAAGCCCAAGGCCCCACCUGCGCACUCUAUGCUUCCCUGGCCCUGCUGUCAGGACUGAGCCGAGAGUCCUGCUAACCUGUGCCCACACCCUAGCAGCCUCAGGAAAGCCAAAAGUCCAACUCAACUGCAGGGCCAGUUCACCAUGAUUCUCAAGAUGGGGAACUCAAUAAAUGCGAUAUACAUGUG